AUGGGGCACCAGCUUCCUAAAAACAGGGGUGAUCUCAGCUUGAGAAACGAGGCAGUGGUGAUCUCAGGGAGGAAGUUGGCCCGGCAGAUCAGGCAGGAAGCCCGUCACGAGGUGGAGCAGUGGGUGGCAGCUGGGAACAAGAGACCUCACCUCAGUGUUGUUCUUGUGGGUGAAAACCCAGCCAGUCACUCCUACGUGCUGAACAAAACCAAAGCAGCUGCUGAUGUUGGAAUCAGCAGUGAAACCAUCCUCAGACCAGCAUCCAUCACUGAGGAGGAGCUGCUGGAUUUGAUCAGCAAACUCAAUAAUGAUGCUGAUGUGGAUGGUCUGUUAAUCCAGCUCCCUCUGCCUGAACACAUUGAUGAGAGGAAGAUCUGCAAUGCUGUGGCUCCAGCCAAAGAUGUUGAUGGUUUCCAUGUGAUCAACGUGGGGCGCAUGUGCCUGGACCAGUACUCCAUGCUUCCAGCCACCCCCUGGGGGGUGUGGGAGAUCAUCAAGAGGACAGGCAUCCCAACACUGGGGAAGAACGUGGUGGUGGCUGGCAGGUCCAAGAACGUGGGCAUGCCCAUUGCCAUGCUGCUGCACACAGAUGGGAGGCAUGAGCGCCCAGGAGGGGACGCCACAGUCACCAUAUCCCACCGUUACACACCCAAGGAGCAGCUGAAGCAACACACCAUCCGUGCUGACAUCGUGGUGGCAGCAGCAGGCAUCCCCAACCUGAUCACAGCUGAUAUGAUCAAGGAAGGAGCUGCAGUGAUUGAUGUGGGGAUAACCAGGGUGCAGGAUCCCAUCACUGCCAAACCCAGGCUGGUUGGGGAUGUGGAUUUUGAAGGGGUGAAGAAGAAAGCCAGUUACAUCACUCCAGUCCCAGGGGGUGUGGGGCCCAUGACUGUGGCCAUGCUGAUGAAGAACACCAUCAUUGCUGCCAAGAAGCUGCUGAAACCCAAAGAGCUGGAAGCAUCAGCUGCUUAACGUGGGACCCCCCAGCACUCAGAGCAACAUUCCAAACUAACUCC